AUGAGCCGCGCGCUCCUCUCUCACGUCCUCCACCGCCCGCCGCACUUCGCGUACACCUGCUUAAGGAAUGGCGUUGGUGCCCGAGGAGGAGUGCUCGCUUCUGGCAUCCACCCACUCCGUCGUCUCAAUUGCAGCGCGGUUGAAGCCGUUCCCGGCCCCAUCGAGGAAGCGUCUGCUCCUCCGGCAAGGAAGAAAAGAGUAGUUUCUGGUGUACAGCCAACAGGACUGGUUCACCUUGGAAAUUAUCUAGGGGCAAUUAAGAAUUGGGUUGCACUUCAGGAUUUAUACGAGACAUUCUUUUUCAUCGUGGAUCUUCAUGCAAUUACUUUACCAUAUGAGGCGCCACUGCUUUCCAAAGCAACAAGAAGCACUGCUGCAAUAUAUCUGGCGUGUGGCGUCGACAGCUCCAAGGCUUCUAUCUUUGUACAGUCUCAUGUCCGUGCUCAUGUUGAGUUGAUGUGGCUAUUGAGUUCUUCUACUCCUAUUGGCUGGCUGAAUAGAAUGAUCCAGUUCAAAGAGAAGUCUCGCAAGGCGGGUGAUGAAAAUGUUGGGGUUGCACUUUUGACUUAUCCUGUUCUAAUGGCUUCUGACAUCCUUUUGUACCAGUCCGAUCUGGUACCUGUUGGUGAAGAUCAAACACAACAUUUGGAAUUAACUCGUGAAAUAGCUGAGCGUGUAAAUAAUCUUUAUGGUGGAAGAAAGUGGAAGAAAUUGGGAGGGAGAGGGGGUUUGCUAUUUAAGGUUCCUGAAGCUCUUAUUCCUCCAGCAGGGGCUCGUGUUAUGUCCCUAACUGAUGGUCUCUCCAAGAUGUCCAAGUCUGCUCCUUCAGAUCAGUCUCGUAUUAACCUUCUUGACCCAAAAGAUGUGAUCGCAAAUAAAAUCAAGCGCUGCAAAACUGACUCAUUCCCAGGUAUGGAGUUCGAUAACCCAGAGAGGCCGGAAUGCGGAAAUCUUCUCUCUAUAUACCAGAUUAUCACUGGGAAGACUAAGGAGGAAGUUGUUAGCGAGUGCCAACACAUGAACUGGGGAACAUUCAAGACUACUCUUACGGAAGCUCUAAUUGAUCAUUUGCAGCCUAUUCAGGUCCGUUAUGAGGAGAUAAUGUCUGACCCAGCCUACUUGGAUAAUGUUCUUUUAGAAGGAGCAGGAAAAGCUGCUGAGAUAGCGGACAUCACCCUAAACAAUGUUUACCAAGCCAUGGGUUUCUUGCGUAGAUAA